CCAAGUCCCAUAUGGACCCUUGCUUUUUAUUCCUUUCCUUUUUUUUUUAUUCCAGAAGAGAAUGGAAGGGCUUCAGAGGAGCAGAUACGGAACUAUGGCUGAAGGUGCAGUAGGACAUGAGCGGUUUGCAACCUCGUCCUCACUGCGGAUCAUCCUGGUGGGUAAAACAGGCAGCGGCAAAAGUGCCACCGGGAACAGCAUCCUGUGCCAGCCAGUGUUUGAGUCCAGGCUGGCGUCCCAGUCGGUGACCAGGAAGUGUCAGGGGGCAACGGGCACGUGGAACGGGAGGAGCGUCCUGGUGGUGGACACGCCCCCCAUCUUUGAGGCGGGGGCCCCGGACCAAGAGGCGUACGAGAACAUCGGGGACUGCUACCUGCUCUCGGCCCCGGGGCCUCACGUGCUGCUGCUGGUGACCCAGCUGGGGCGCUUCACGGAGCAGGACGUGGCGGCCGUGGCCAGGGUGAAGGAGGUGUUUGGGGCGAGAGCCCUGAGACACACGGUCCUCCUCUUCACCCACCAGGAGGACUUAGCGGACGGCUCGUUGCAUGACUACGUAGCCAACACGGACAACCUCAGGCUGAGGGAGCUGGUCCGGGAGUGCGGGCAGAGGUACUGCGCCUUCAACAACCGGGCCUCCGGGGACGGACAGAGGCAGCAGCUGGCCGCGCUGGCGGCCGUGGUCGAGGGGGUGCAGAGGGAGCACCGGGGCGCCUACCUCAGCAACGACCUCUUCUUCGAUGCGCAGCGGCUCCAGCAGGGCGGGGGCGAGCCCGGUGGAGAAGGUCGCGUGCGCUACCUGGCCGAGGUGCGGGCGCAUGUGGCAAAGCAAAAGCGAGACCUGCAAGAGGCCCGGAGGAACCGUGUCUUCAAGGCGCUGCUCCAAGUCAAAAACUGGAUCGUUUCUCACACCAGAAUGUUUGCUGUUCUUGUUAUAUGCUUUUUGAGUUUUCUUGCCAUUUUAAUUAGCUUGUGUAGCACUCACGAAUGCUGAGCAUUUUCAG